CGUAUUUGCCGCCGCCAUUGAAAAAUAUUACAGCCUCAUAACAACGUUUGUUAUUAGAUUUAUUGAUUUUAAUUACUGAAUUUGUGUGUUGUAUUAAAUUAACUCAAAUUCGGUAGAUUUUAUAUAAUCCGACGCUUUUCAUAAUGGGUGAAGCAGAUUCGUUGAAUAUAGAUAAAAUUAUCAGCGUGUUAUUAGAAGUUCGUGGAGCGAGACCUGGAAAAAAUGUACAGCUGUCGGAAAAUGAAAUCAGAGGUCUAUGUAUAAAAUCGAGAGAAAUAUUCUUAUCACAACCCAUUCUACUAGAAUUGGAAGCCCCUUUGAAAAUCUGUGGUGAUAUCCACGGACAGUAUUACGAUCUUCUACGUUUAUUCGAGUAUGGUGCUUUCCCUCCGGAAUCGAAUUAUCUAUUUUUAGGCGAUUACGUCGACCGAGGAAAGCAAUCGUUGGAAACGAUAUGUUUAUUACUCGCGUAUAAGAUAAAGUAUCCGGAGAAUUUCUUCUUACUCCGUGGCAAUCACGAAUGUGCGAGUAUCAAUCGUAUUUACGGAUUUUAUGAUGAAUGUAAACGAAGAUACAGUAUCAAAUUGUGGAAGACGUUUACCGAUUGUUUCAAUUGUUUGCCUGUUGCCGCCAUAAUUGACGAGAAAAUUUUCUGCUGUCAUGGAGGUUUAGGUCCGGAUCUACAAAGCAUGGAACAAAUCAGACGUAUUAUGCGACCAACAGAUGUGCCAGAUCAAGGAUUACUUUGCGAUUUACUGUGGUCCGAUCCAGAUAAAGAUACAACCGGUUGGGGUGAGAACGAUCGUGGUGUUUCGUAUACCUUUGGACAAGAAGUAGUUGCAAAAUUUUUACAAAAACACGAUUUCGAUCUAAUAUGUCGAGCCCAUCAAGUUGUGGAAGACGGAUACGAAUUUUUCUCCAAACGACAAUUAGUGACGUUAUUUUCUGCGCCUAAUUAUUGCGGAGAGUUUGACAACGCCGGAGCGAUGAUGUCAGUUGACGACAGUUUGAUGUGUUCCUUCCAGAUUUUGAAACCCGCAGAUAAGAAGAAAAUCGGUGGUUAUCUCAGUACGAACGCGAAUAGACCUCAGACGCCGCCCAGAGGAGCGAAUAAUAAAAAUAAGAAAAAAUAAUAGCAAUCGUAAUUAUUAUCGAUGCAAAUGUAAUAUUCUCGUAUAAUCGGCCAAUCGACAAAGCGAAUUUUGAAUUAUUAUAUUAUAACGAUAUUAUUUACGUGUUCAUUUCCAAAAAAAAAAAGAUGAAUUCGUAUAAAUUAUUUAAAAGAAAUAUAAACGUCUGUAAAAAAAAUAUUUCUAUGUAAUGCGGUAACGUAUAAUGUAUACAUACUUGGUAGUUUAAAUGUAUUUUUUAUUUUGUACUAUUUUUCCCUCCCUCCCUUCUUUUUUUUCAAUUCAUACGCAUAUACAUUAUGCGUCGUGCGCACUUUAUAAGAGAAACGAAAACUUUAAUAAAUUAAGGCACUCUUCAUUAUAGCAGCCCCCAUUUUUUUAAUUUAUUUAUUUACUUUUUUUUUCGUUUGUUUUUAAUUUGUAUUAUAAUUCAUUUAUUGGAAUAUAUACGUUUACAAAUAACAGUACUUUACACUAUACGUGAUUAUAAAUUAAGAUGUUAUCAUUUUGCCGGAAUUUCGAGAGAUCUGUUUUUCAUUGGUUAAAAAUUUACUAUAAUUCGUAGGGAUUUAGUAUGUUAAAAUUUACUCUUAAUUUUUACGCAAGAGCUUGUUUAGAAGCAUUUAAUUUAUUUUUUAUUGUUUCUUUUUUCGUUUUGGUUUUUGGAAAACUGAUUUUUAAAAUCGAAGACCCAUCCGAAAUUCUCGAAUUUCAUCGCAUUUUAUCUACAUAUACGAAACAGAAAAUUGAUUUAUGUAUUAUCGACUCCAUACUCCUUUUCUUUACACUACUGUUCCCUGGAGUGCUGUUUCAUUUAUUUAUUGUUAAAAUGUGAUAACGAAAGUUAUGUAAUUUUUUUCAUUUUGUAUCGAUUAUUCUUUUUUUUUGUAUAUGAAUUUUGAAAUUACGAAUGUCGCGUCGGCAAAGAGAAAUGAUACGAUAAGUGACGUUUAAAUUGGUUUUUUUUUCUACCUUUAUUUAAUCGAUUCGAAACGCUUGUUACAAUGUAUUUUUUUGUAGAUCGAUUAUUACGCGUGUUACUUUUUACAUAGAAUCGCGUUGGUUAUCAAUACGCCUGUAUUACAAUUUUGAUGAACGUAGAUUGAAAAUUACGAUUUUUUUAUUGUUGAUUUUUUUUGUUUUGGGGGAAAUUUACUCUUUUUUUUCUUUGUUGUUUAAUCGUUGAAAGCGAGAAUUAUACAUUUUUAUAUUGUCUUACGAUUGUGAAAUUAAUCGUUAUAUUCGAUGUACGAUACUAUAUUAAUAUAGGGAUCAAUGCUAUAUUUGUACGAGUAUUUUUGCGGAUAAUCUGAUAGACAUCGAGUUACGUAACAUAUACGACAGAAAAGCCAAAGUUAUACGAUGUAACAUAUUGUAAUACGUGUGUAACUGAGUGUGUGUGUGUGUGUAAAAAGAACAAUUAUUAUAUUUAAACUAAAGGAUAUUGUAAUUGUAAACGUACAAAAUAAAGAACUUACACCUUUUAAGAGAAAA